AUGCCUCGUCUCUUGGCAACGCAGUCUCACGUUGUGCACGGGUAUGUAGGAAAUAAAGCUGCAACGUUUCCCUUGCAAUGUCUAGGCUGGGACGUGGAUUGCUGUAACAGUGUCCAGUUUUCCAACCAUACGGGAUAUGGUUUAGAUAAGGUGUUUGGAACAGUUACGAAUGAAGCAGAUUUAAAGGAACUCUUAUCAGGCCUUUUCGACAAUUUUCCUCGAGACUAUCAAGCUUUACUUUCAGGUUACUUGCCCAAUAAGAGUUCUGUUCGAUGUAUGGGAACAUACUACGCUAAGUUUAAAGAGGAAAACCCUGAGAUCAUAUGGCUUAUGGAUCCUGUUAUGGGAGACGAAGGACAGUUAUAUGUUAGUGAAGAUGUAAUACCAGAAUACAGGAAGCUGGCCUUGUCUCCAAGACAACUGGUUGACAUAAUAACUCCAAAUCAAUUUGAGUUGGAGAUACUGUAUGGCGAGAGAAUCAAGACCAAAGAACAUUUGAAGAAGGCGUUAGAGAAAUUACAUCGCACUAUUCCAGUGAUCAUUGUCACGUCCUGUGAUUGUAAGAUGUUUGACGAUCAAGAGUUCAUAUAUUGCGUGGCCUCAAUGAAGGGUAAAAGGCCCAUCGUUUAUAGAGUGCCAUUCAUUGAUUCGUAUUUCACUGGCGUCGGCGAUUUGUUUUCUGCCUUGUUGUUGGAUCGAGUGUACGAAAUCUUAUCAAACCCAACAACGACAUUGAGAUUUGAAGACCAGGUCAAUAAUGUCUUAAAUGUUAUUCAAAAGGUCUUGAAAAUCACUAGAAGUUAUACUUCAGGAAAGAUAAAAGCCAAAAUGGGCUCCGCCUUGGAGAUGAAAGAAAUGGAAUUGCGAAUUGUUGAAUCAAGAGAUAAAUACGAAACAAUCAGUAGUAGUGUCCAUCAAGCGAAUUAUAUUUACGCUAGGUUGUGA